CUCAAAACACAACUAAUAUUGUUGAUGAUGCAAUUAGCAUUGUGUUUGGCAAAGAAGCUCGGGGUAGAGUGCGCGGAAUGGGCUUUGGAGUAACACCAUCGAAAGUUGGAGCUUCUGUGCAACAAAAUAGAACGGUUCAACAACUUCAAACUAUAGUACAAAAUGUUCAACAACAAAUGCAAGAAAUGAGGCAACAAAAUCAACUAGAAAUGCAAGAAAUGAGGUCUAUGUUUUUACAAAGUAUGAGACAACAAAAUCAUCCAGAACAGAUUGCUAGUGGUGGCAUUUGUAGUGGUAUUGGGAAUGAAUUUGGUAGCAAUAGCGAUAUCAAUAUUGGUGCCAAAAAAUCAAAUUUGAGAAAUGUGAGUCGUGGAGAUAUCUGUGCUAAUACUAAAUGUAAGCUGCUUCAUUGGUCUGCUGAAGAAUUAGUUGUUGCAGAAGGUCGAAUUUUGUGGGAUGAGACCCUAGAGAUGGUCACUCAUUUACUCGACGUUCUACAAUCCUAUCAGGAGUUGGAGGAGACGAAAGCCGAGACGGAGAAACUAAGAGCUGAGGUUACAACCAAAGCAGAGCAAAUGCGCUUGACGCUGCAAGAGUUGGAUACAGUUAAGAUGGAGGCCUCCUCAGAGAAGAAACGGAGGAAAACGUCCUCCACUAAGUUGGAGUGGGUCAAGUUAGAGAUUCAAAAGGCUGAGCUGGAGGCCUUGAGGGCCAAGUCCGAUAUUUGGAAGGCUGAGAUGAAUAUCUGGAAGGCUGAGCUAGAAACCCAAAAGGUUAAGAUGGAGAGCAAGGAGGUGGAGCUUGAAGACUAUCAAGCUAGAGAGAGGGUGUUGGGUCGCUAA